CCGCCCCCGUCCCGCCCGCCCGUCCCCAUGGCAGCCGCCGGGCCAGGCCGGGCCAUGGCGGCGGCCGCGCUGUGCCUGGGCCGGGCCCCGCCGCCGCGGCCGCUCGUUGUGAUCCUCGGCGCCACCGGCACCGGGAAAUCGGCGCUGGCGCUGCAGCUCGGGCUGCGCCUCGGCGGAGAGAUCGUGAGCGCCGACUCCAUGCAGGUGUACAAGGGCUUGGACAUUAUCACCAACAAGGUUUCUCCCCAGGAGCAGCGUCUGUGCAGACACCACAUGAUCAGCUUUGUGGAUCCCCUUGUCUCCAACUACACGGUGGUGGAUUUCAGAGACAAAGCUGUGGCGCUGAUUGAAGAUAUCUUUGCCCGAGACAAGAUCCCAAUUGUUGUGGGAGGAACCAACUACUACAUCGAGUCCCUGCUCUGGAAGGUCCUUAUCGACACCAAGAAGUCCAGCACGUCCCCCAGGCCCGUCACCGACAGGAAAGUGGAGCUGGAGCAGCUGGACGGUGUCGAGCUCCAUCGUCGCCUGAGCCAGGUGGACCCGGAGAUGGCGGCCAAGCUGCACCCCCACGACAAGCGCAAAGUGGCCAGGAGCCUCCAAGUGUUUGAAGAGACAGGGAUCCCCCACAGUGAAAUCUUGCACCAGCAGCAGGAGGAGGAAGGGGGGGGACCCUUAGGGGGCCCCCUGAAGUACCCACAUUCCUGCAUCUUGUGGCUCCACGCAGACCAGGCAGCUCUGGACCAGCGGCUGGAGAAGCGGGUGGAUGACAUGCUGGCUGCGGGGUUGCUGGAGGAGCUGCGGGACUUCCACCGACGCUACAACCGAGAGAAGGUGGCCGAGAAUCGGCAGGAUUACCAGCACGGCAUCUUCCAGUCCAUCGGCUUCAAGGAAUUCCACGAGUACCUCGUCAGUGAGGGGAAUUGCUCACCUGAGACCAGUGCCCUGCUGCUGCAAAAAGGGAUCCAGGCCCUGAAACAGGUGACCAAGAAAUAUGCUCGGAGGCAGAACAAAUGGGUCCGAAACCGCUUUUUGAGACGUCCCGGACCCAACGUGCCCCCAGUGUAUGGCUUGGAGGUGUCUGAUCUCUUGCGAUGGGAGGAGGAUGUGCUGAAACCUGCUCUGGAGAUUGUGGAGAGCUUCAUUCAGGGACGUGAACCCCCGGUAGAGCCUGUGAAGAUGGAGUACGACGUGAACGAGAACAAACGGAGUCAUCGCGUGUGUGAGCUCUGCGACAGAGUCAUCAUCGGGGACAGGGAGUGGGCAGCUCACACACGAUCCAAAUCCCACCUGCACCACCUGAAGAAGAGAAGGAAGCUGGAGGCCGCCAGCCGUGCUGCAGAGACCGAGGGGGACAGUGCGGGCACAGAGAUUUCGGGCGAGGACAGCGUCCUGCCUUUGCCAUAAACCUGCAAACCACCUGGCGAAGGCAGCAGCCGCGCUUCCACCUGGACGGCGAGGAAGUGACUUAGUCCUGGGUGGCCUUGAACGAGCUGAGUCAUUUUUUGGGGGAUGAAGCAGGUGUGUAAGUGACGGCCAAAGCCAUUGGCUGCGUCAGAUCCUCUUCGUGUGGCCCCACGGCGCCGUGUUCCCAUGGAAGGGCCCGGGGCGAGGCUGCGGGGAGCAUCGUCCCAUGCCGAGCGUUCGUUCCUGCCAGAAACGCAGCGUUACCCCUGCAGUGGCUGAGCCCAUCCUGCUGGCGCGCGAACGUGUCGUUCUCAGAGACACAAACACCCCGCGCUCCUCCAGCUUGGCCAGGAGUGCAGCUCCGGAGCUGAGCGAGCUCUUCCUGCCUUUAUUGUGGAGAGGAUUUUCUUUUAUAUGGAAAUAAAGUCGCAAGAUUA